CAUGAGCUUGCGCCAGGCGCACACCACUGGAUCACUGGAGUGGUUCCGCUGCAAAAAGGUCUCUUGAUUGGUUAAAAAGAAAACCAGUGGCAAAAAAAAACAAUCUUGUAAAUAAAUGACACGAUCCGGCCUGGAUGUGUGUCCAGUAAGGUGAAGGUUUUGGGUCAGGUCUAUUUAUGUAACGGGGGUACUCUGAUAUCUCUGGCUGGGAUCUUCCUGGAGAGCAGCGGCCCUGACUGAGGGCCAACCUAGUUUGUUUAUCACUCUGUCCAGGUCCCUGUCCGCAAAACAAACGGACACAGACUCAUGUUUAAACACACAAAGUGCUGCCAAUAAUACUGUGUCAACAGUAUUAUUGUUGACACAGUAUUAUUGACAAUAACACACAGACACACAUACACACACACUUUCAAAUGUAAUGACAACCCAGCCCAAACCCAUUGUCCUGACUCACACACAAUGAGUCAUGACAAUGGGUUAAACAUCAACAGUUACAGUUCAUUUCAGAUUGAUCCGUCUAUCGGUUAAAUAAUCAGCCUUAAUUUUUCCUGCUCCGUGAAUUCGCUUGCAUGUUAUUUGAUUUAUAUAUUGGGGGGGGGGGGGGGGGGGGGUUGGCGAAGAUAAUCCAUGUGUAGGAACAGGUUGCACGGCCUGUCCUGUAGAUGUCUCUCUCUGCAGCGGGAUGGAGACGCGGAGACGCGUGACGUCGCUGGGGUGAUGAUGAUCCGCUCCCUCAGAGCAGGAGUGAGUUUGGAGCGGGCACUGUGAAAUGCCUAACCAUCAUGUUGCCUGGAUAAUCACAAGAGGACGUCGGGAUAUCGAGACUUCAGUAAGCGACUGUAGCCGCGCGGUUCGAGAUCGACGGCGCCUGAUGCGCGCGUGGACGACGACGACGGCGUCGAGGGUGCGAGUGGAUCAUUCGGCUCUGACCAAUCAUGGGCGUCCUUCAGCUGCACAACCCCACCCACCCCAGCGCCCUGCUGCAGCGCGCCAACCAGAUGCGGCUGUCGGGCACGCUGUGCGACGUCAUCAUCACGGUGGACGGCCAGGAGUUCCCGGCGCACCGCACCGUGCUGGCGUGCACCAGCAAGAUGUUUGAGAUCCUGUUCCACCGCAGCAGCCUGCGCUACGCCCUCGACUUCCUGUCGCCCAAGACCUUCCAGCAGAUCCUGGAGUACGCCUACACGGCCUCCAUGCAGGCCAGCGCCGAGGACCUGGACGACCUGCUGUACGCCGCCGAGAUCCUGGAGAUAGAGUACCUGGAGGAGCAGUGCCUGAAGGUGCUGGAGACCAUCCAGGCCGAGGACAGCCAGGAGGAGUCGGCGGGGGGCCGGAUCAACCAGCACCUCGGGCCGGAGCUCGGUGGCGGAGGAGGCGGAGGAGGCGGAGGCGGCGGAGGAGGCGGAGGCGGCGGAGGAGGCGGAGGAGUCGACCAGGGCAGCCGAGCGAGGCACUGGAGGCACGUGCUGAUGUCCAAGAAGCAUUCCAUACAGGAGGGCGGGCGGGGCGGGGGCACCACCCCCACCGCGCUGCACCACCUGGCCCUCUACCACAUGGCCGAGAGGGGCAUGGCCGAGACGGACCCCCAGCACGAGGGCCCCGGCGCCGACCCCGCGGGGAAGGAGAUCCGCAUGGAGACGCUGAGCCCCCGAGGGCCCAGCCCCACCUCCAUCCAGAACCCCUUCAUGGACCCCGGAGCCCGGACCAUCAAGUCGGAGAGCAUGCAGGUGGACCACCCCGGCGGGACGGACCACCCCCCCAGGGACGAGGGCCCCGGGACCCCCCUGAGGGGAAGCGUGAUCACCAGCGCCCGGGAGCUGCACACGGGGCAGGACGAGGCAGGGCACUCCCCGGACGGGUACCCGGGGGCGGCCGAGCGGCACCUGGCCUCGCUGUACUCCGGCCUGGCCGGCGGGCACGAGGCGGGGCCGGGGCCCGUGUCCGUGGCGGUGGCCCCGGGGCUGGGCAUGCAGAUGGACCCCCGGGCCUACGGCGGGCUCCUGCACCAGGGCCUGCUGCACCGCGAGCUGCUGAGCCGGCUGGGCCAGUUCGCGGCGGGGAUGACGCGCGAGGGGCCGGCCCAGGGACAGCUGUGCUGCGGCGAGUGCGGGCUGCAGCUGCACAGCCGACAGGCGCUGGAGCAACACAGGCGGCUCCACAGCAGUGAUAAGGGCCACGGCUGUGAGUUCUGUGGCAAGCACUUCCAGGACAGCGUGCGGCUAAGGAUGCACAUGCUGUCUCACACAGCCCCCGCCGAGGCGCUGGUGUGUGAUCAGUGCGGAGCCACCUUCUCCUCCGAGGAGGCCCUUGAAGCCCACCGGCAGACACACACAGGGACCGACAUGGCGGUGUUCUGUCUGCUGUGCGCCCAAACGCUUCCAGACCCAGAAGGGCCCCUGCAGCAGCACAUGGAGGUCCACGCGGGCAUGCACAGCUACAUCUGCAGCCACUGCGAGCGCUCCUUCCCCAGCCACACCACCCUGAAGCGCCACCUUCGCUCCCACGCGGCCGGAGACCACCCGUUCGAGUGCGAGUUUUGCGGGAGCUGCUUCCGGGACGACGGAACGCUGGCGGGCCACAAGCGCAUCCACACGGGAAAGCCCUACGAGUGCAACAGCUGCGGGAAGCGCUUCAGCUUGAAGCACCAGCUGGAGACACACUACCGCGUGCACACAGGCGAGAAGCCGUUCGAGUGCAAGCUGUGUCACCAGCGUUCCCGGGACUACUCGGCCAUGAUCAAGCACCUGCGCACGCACAACGGCGCUUCGCCCUACCAAUGCACCAUCUGCCAGGACUUCUGCCCCAGCCUGGCCGGCAUGCAGAAGCACAUGAAGGGGCACAAGCCGGAGGAUGUGCCCCCCGACUGGAGGAUAGAAAAGACUUACCUUUAUAUCUGCUAUGUCUGAGCGGGACUCAGACCUCACCUAGCACACUCACUCAGUCCCACACAUGCAGGUGUGUCUCACUCUCUCUUUCACUCUCUCUAUCUCUUUAUCUCUCUCACUCUUCCUCUCCCACCCCCUGUCUCUCUCUCAAUUGUUCUUUAUCUCUCCCCCUCUCUCUCCCUAUCACUCUCUUUCUCCUGAACUCUCUCUUGCUCCCUCUCUCUCUUUCUGUCUCUCUCUCAGUCGUUCUCCAUCUCGCUCUUUCUCUAUUGCCCUCUGUCUCUUGAUCUCCCUCUCUAUCUCUCUAUCGCUCUCGCUCUCUCUCUAUCGCCCUCUAUCUUUUGAUCUCUCUCUUGCCCUUUUUUCUUUCUCUCUCGAGCACUCUCUCUCUUUAUCCCUCCAUCAUCUCCUAUCUUGUUUUUUAUCCUUCCAUCAACUCCUGUCUUAUUUUUUAUCUCUGUGUCUUUGCCUCUCGCUUUCUUCCUCUCUUCUCUAUCUCACACAUGCGGCAACAAUGUAUGGGUAUAAAAAAAACAAGAACACACAUAUAUAUAUGUAUAUAUAUUUGCACACACUUGAGUGUGCACCCACAAGCCGCCCGCACACACAUAUACACACGCACACACACACACACAGACACACACAAAUAUAAAUACCGGCAGGCACACACACAUGCACAUAGCGUUUGUGUGUGCGCAGUGUGUUUGUACAUGAGAUCCUCUAUGGCUGGACUCCACACCAUGCCGGUCAGUGGUUGACCCAUAUGUAAAGUAGCAGCUAUUUUGGGCGACUGCUGGGCUAUCAGACAAGUGGAGGCACUCUCUGUUGGCAAAGGGCAGAUGCUGCAAAUAAUUCCUUGAUGGGUUCCUCUAAUUUCCUGUGACUUUGUCGGACGUUUUUUCUGCUGUUUCCGUGUUAUUUUCAGAGUUGUUUAUCUGUGCAUGUGUUACUUGAACGGCUGCCAUUGUCUUUGACCUCGCGUUGCGUUGGAUCUGUUUAAUUGCCUUUGUGUCGUUUUGUUUCUUUUCCCUUAUUUGCGGUGGCUGUUUUUUCUGUUUGGAGAUGGGUCACGUUUAUCUCUUUUGUUAUUUCUUUUUUUUGAGUCGCGACUUAAUGAGUUCUGCUAUUUAUAUAUAUUUUCGAGUUUUGCUACCAAAUAUGUUGCAGAUUUUCAUUGACUGCAUCUCAGUUGUGGAGCACAUUAAACCACCACACUUUUUACCUUUAGUUUAGGUGAUCGCUGGAAGUUUGACGAUUUAUUUUUGUUUUUGUAAAUGUUCCGAGCCGAAACCCACAUACAUUUAAACAGUUGGCAUAGUUUAAAAUAAAUCAAUAGUCUUCGUCCUUUUUAGGUGUUACUUUACUUCCUUUCCUCUUUUUACUUAGUUCAUAGUCAUCUAUUAAAACACACUUACAGAACCCAGGAAAUUAAUUGAAAGAAAAACACUUUUUCUACAAAAUAUUAAAAAGAGAAAUCGAAGUUAUCGAAGUUAUCGAAGUUAUCGAAUUUAUCAAAUCCCUAUACGCAGGUUUUUGUCCGUUACAGUGUAGCCGUAGUAAACUGUCCUGGUAUUCCAUUAUGUGAGCCUAAAACAGGCCUUAUAGAUUGAAAUAUGUUGUAUUUUUGUAUUGCAGUAAUUUGCUCUCUGUUUACAUUUGGUAUGAUUUGAGAAACAUCUAAAUAUGUGUGUUUUAUAAGUCUCUAAUUCAAAUUAUGACCCUCCCCGGUGCCUCUUUUUCUAUAAGUAGAGCGUCUUUGUGCUUGAGUACAUGGCUCUGUGCUAUUUGGUCGAUGUUUCGGGGUGUUUGUUAAAUGUUAUGGAAUUCAAAAUAGACCGCCAUGUCAAGCCACUUUUGUCUGAACACUUUGCAAAUGGAGGAGGCAUAAAAAAAUUAUAACUGUGAUAAAUGACUCAACCUCUGAUGCAAGUCUCUGGCAAUUAUGACGUAAACGUAUGUAGGCUCUCGUCUUGAAAUGUUCCCUUCUCGGAGUGAGAUGUAACGAUGUUUAAAAGAACGUGUACAGCAGAACCUAGCGACCGUUGGCAUGGGAAGAUGCCCUCUUUAACGGAGAAAGCCAACGUCUCAUGCAGUGCCAUGAGAUUCACCUGUUCUUCACUGUAUCUAUGCUACAUGGACAUGCACUAUCAAUGGAUAUUCUCCAUGGACCAAAAGAAAAUUGAGCACUUUCUUUUUCUUUUUUUAAAAAGUUUUUUUUUUUUGGAUCUUUCUCAAUGUUGUGAUAUUGCGGAUGUCCCUUUUUAUUUGGUGUGUUCUAGGAUGACGUGAAUUGUGCGUUGUUUAGAGUUUUUUGUCGGUGUCUGUCUACCUCAGGACCAGAUCACAGUUCGACCUGGCAUCCAAUCAGGGUUGUUCUUCUUGCCAUGUGUGCAGUAAACCCCUCCUUCAUUACAGCUUUGUUACACUGUGUGUGUGCGUGUGUGUGGAAGUGUUUUCUCUGUGUGUGGUUUUUUCAGGCACAACUCUGUAUGCGUCAGUGUUCCGUGGCAUGGUGAAAAAAAAGAAUAAAACAAAUUUUCUCUCUUUUAUGCA